CAACAAAAGCAGAUGGCAGUAUACAAAUACAAGUAUAGGCAGCCGAUGCUCGUGGGGCAAAAUUUGAAUGAUGCUGAAGGUUAUGUUCUUAAACUCCACAAAUGGUACUUGGACGAGUCAAAACGGAAAGAGGAGAACGAGUUCAAUGUCACCUUCUAUUACAGGAGGAAAACUGGUCAAUCUAAUCUCCACUCCACAACUACUGUUAAGGACAAUAAGCUCCGUUUCGUCGUCAAUUAUUGGGAUAAAUUGUUCUAUUCUCAAGAUGGCCUCACAUCCAUUACAGUGGUGCCCGAUGAAAUGUCUCGUCUUUUCAACUUUGGUGAAAUGGGUUUCAACCUGCUAAGGAGUUAUGAACUGUUCUUGAUUAAUGAAUGCGAGAAUUCUGGAAAAAAUCAUGUUGCUUUUCUGGAGCCAUUUUUUAUUAUGGAUGGUAAGAAGAAUGAGUUAAAAUCUAUUCCUGAUGAAGAUGCUGAAGGCUACAUAACAGCGGCUAUACGAAAAUUCAAGGACAAUAAGGCCUUCAUCAUGAUACCCUUUUACGAACGUGCACACUGGAUUUUGAUAGUUAUUGUACCUGAAUAUCGAUUCGUCUGGUACCUUAAUUCGAAAAGAGACUUUAAUACCUCUGCAACAAUGUUUGAUCUGAUCGCGAGUGCCAUCUACAGACUGGAAAUGAAGAAUGUGGCUUUUAUGUUUGCUAUCAUAUGUGGUUGCUUUCGGAGCUUCAGGAGGCCAUUAUCGAUGAUGUUCCGCUUACAAAGGACCGAAUGGAUACAGUGCGAGCUGGAAUCUGCAUUCACGGUGCGCGCGCCGGCCUCAAUGAGCCAGGCCUCCCCGAUCGUUCCCAGCGCCGCCGGCGUCAGGGACCGGGACGGCAAGGCACCUUUCUGGCCGCGCGCGGUCCUUCCGUCGGCAGCACGAGAGCCCAUGAUCGACGGCGCCGGACAUGCCAGAGAAACGGAGCGGCCGGGCGAGUUCACUUCGUGCUCGCGGCAUCGACGCCUCCAGGUGAGCACCGUACCGUCGAGGGAAUUAGUCGCCGGCCAGCAGGGCCAGCGCGUCGGCGACCUUCCCGACUCCUGA